AUGGUGGUGCCAUCAUCAUUUCCCGCGGUGAAAGCCCACCUGGACCAGGUCCUAAGCGACCCCUCCAUCGGCUUAGACACCACGCUUCUUGACAAGUUGAAAAUAGAAUUCACGGAGAACGUCGAUCCUACAGUUCCUGCAACGCUUCUGACGCAGAUUCCGCAGCUUCUACCAGUCCUCCAGGAAGACCCAACUCCCCUCACCGUGCUGGGUACCCGAGCUACCGCAUAUUUCUCCUUCGCUGAUCUCCGAUCCGUCGAACCGCCGGUCAACUUCGUCGCAGGCUUCAAGGCACCGUCGCCACCGAUCAAUCUGUUGGCUCUUUCAUUAUUAGAGAAGGCAGGGCAAGUGCCCAGUGAUGCUGCGAUGGUGGCUGGCGAUUCGGAGCUGGUUGCUUCCCUUGUGGAACUCUGGCUUUCGACGUCUUCGACCGAGGUGGCUCAGGCUGCAUUGGAUACGAUUUGGGCGCUUUUGGAAAUUGAUAAUGAGAAUUCUCGGGAGAAUGGUGCGGAUGUGAAGGUCGGAGGACAGGGCCUCGUGUGGAGGAGGAUGUUUACCGACAAGGAUGUCUAUGGAACCCUCUUCUCCAUAUGCAGUCUCAACGACGACAGACCGGGGAGCCUUCCAAAGCGCGAUAAAACAGUGGCUCAAGGCAGGCUGAUGGGACUUCUUGUGAGAGCGGGUAGACUACGCUGGGACAUCAUCUCGACUUCGCAAGUUCCCGAAGUUGAAUCCAAAUACCAGAGUAACAGCUUACUGCAUUUCGCGGCUUGCCAGAUGGUCGACAAGAGUGAUGUACUGAUGCAUAUGACACUAUUGAACUUCUUCCGUGACCUUCUAGAAAUCGAUGCUCCGGGUCUUGUGGCGAGGAGCUACGUGCAGUCCGCAUCUACGUUUUCUUCUCCUGCUCUGGACUUUCUUAUUACCCACAAUGUGCACCCGACAGUGCUUGAAUGCUAUUUGGAUGAAUCCAAGCUCGACCCCGUGGAUUUCAGCUUUCUUCAUGGUCCGAUUAUGACUUACGUCGCGCAAUAUACAGAACUCUAUCCCAACCACUUUCUUCAAAACCAGCAGAGUUUGUUGGAUCGCGUCUUGGAACGAGUUACCGAGUCUCUUAGGAUAUCGUCUACACAAUGGGCACAUGGUCGGAUCCCAAGCGGCCAACUCAAUGUUCUCUCUUCCCUUCCCCGCGUGCUGUUAGUGGAGGCCAGUAAGCAAGGUCUAAAUCCUGUGCUUGCGCUUCCUACCAACCCACCCAGCAAGGAAGCAUUGAAUGCCCUUGCUAGAAUACUCCACGGCCCACAGAGGUCGAGCACUCCCAAUUCAACGGAGCUCAAUUCUUCUGGCCAGACCCCAACAGACUGGCAAAAAGAGGCAGCGGCAGCUCGUUACUUGUAUUUUGUUUAUCUGAACGACCACCCCAAUCUCUGGAAGGAUAUUGUCGCGUCAGCUGACAUUCUGGCUAUGAAAGACGUCUGCUUGGCAUCGAUGUCAUUUAUGCAAGCCAUUGUAACUGCGAAUUGGCAGACUUUGACCGAUCAGGUCAUCGCGCCAGUCCCUGGUAUGGGCUCCCGAUUCCAGCUUCCAUCCGAGCAAAGCCUGGGUAGUGUGUCUCCAUCUAAGCAGGGAUCACUGCCAACUUCGGGCUCUUGGGCAGUCCUUACACCACCAGCUUUGUUGACGCUACUGCCCUAUUUGUUCAAGCCGCCACGGUCCUACGCGGAAUUCGUUGGAGGCGGAGCUGGUGAUGCGGAGAAUGCGGUUUGGAAGAUUGCUACUGCGAAGUAUGAUGUGCUCGUAACCUUGCAUGAUCGGAUGAAGGAGUUGGACAACAAGACACCGGAGUUUGAAGACAUCAUGCGGACUCUGCAGCAACGAGUUAGAGAUGGACCAUUGGGGCCUAUCACGCGGACUGUGCAAAAUGUUGGAACUAUAGGGCUGUGA